AUGAGGACGAGUUUAGCCUUUCUGACCGUCCUGGGCACGACUGUGUCGGCUCUAACAGCGUCGCAUAGACACUCACAUAAUAAGUUUUUCAGACGUGACAACAUCACACAGACUGUUCAGGGAGGCAAUGCCACAGACCCUGCGACCUACGACUAUGUGGUUGUCGGAAGCGGCCCUGGAGGAGGCCCACUGGCAUCGAGGCUGGCUAUCGCAGGUUAUAAAGUGCUUCUGAUUGAGGCUGGUGACGAUCAAGGCGAUGCCAUCUGGCAGCAGGUUCCGGCUUUGCAGCUUCAGGCCAGCGAAUACACCCCAAUGCGGUGGGAUUACUUCGUCAACCACUAUCAGGACCUUACACGGCAAGAAGAGGACUCCAAAAUGGUCUGGAAGACUCCUUCCGGAGACGAAUAUGUUGGGAACAGUCCGCCGGCAGCCUCAACUCCCUUGGGGAUCUGGUAUCCUCGAACAGGUACACUGGGAGGUUGCUCAACACAUAACGCAAUGAUCACCAUUUACCCCCAUGAGAGCGACUGGAACAAUAUCGCGUCAAUCACUGGUGAUAGCUCUUGGAGCGCAGCGAACAUGCGGAAAUACUUUGAGCGCAUGGAACGCUGCAGGUAUCUUCCCAACAGUGUCGUAGGCCAUGGGUUUGAUGGUUGGUACGAGACUAGCCUCACGGAAUUGUCUUUGGCGGUUGAGGACCAGAAACUCUUGUCCCUCAUCAUAGCAGCGGGAACAGCAAUGGGCAAGGGUCUUCUCGGGAUGGUUCUCAGCACAGUGGCUGGUUUGGGCGAAGUCUUGCUCCGCGACAUCAACGCCGAUGUCCCCAACCGGGACUCUCAAGAGGGCCUUUACCAGGUUCCAAUUGCAGUCACCGAGGUAGACAAGAAACGCAAUGGUGCUCGCGACUUCAUCCUCGAUACUGCUACUGCUACCAACGCAGACGGUUCGCGCAAAUAUCAUCUUGACAUCAAGCUCAACACCCUAGUGUCGAAAGUCCGGUUUGACACCUCUGGGCCCAAGCCGAAGGCCAUCGGCGUCGAUUAUCUGGAGGGACAAAGUCUGUACCGCGCCGAUCCUCGUGCAGGCGCCUCGGCCGGUGGCACUCCAGGCAGUGUCAACGUCAACCGCGAAGUGAUCAUUUCUGGUGGUGCAUUCAACUCGCCGCAACUGCUCAAAUUGUCGGGUAUUGGACCUGCAACAGAGCUUUCCAAGCUCGGCAUCCCCGUAGUCGUCAACCUUCCAGGUGUGGGGACCAAUCUGCAAGACCGGUACGAAUCAACAAUUGUCGGCAACAGUAAUACCGACUUUGCCAUUACCAAGGACUGUACCUUCCUUCGCACCCAGCCUGACCCGUGCUUGGUACAAUGGCAGAACCAACCAGGUCCAUCUCUCAAAGGCACUUAUGCAACCAAUGGUAUUGCCAUAGCCGUGGUGAAAAAGUCGUCUGUUGCAGAUGGAGAUCCUGAUCUCCUGAUCUCCGGGGCACCAGCCUAUUUCACGGGCUAUCACCCAGGGUACGCCAAUGAAUCUCUCAAAGACGCCCAUCACUGGGCCUGGAUCGUGCUAAAGGCACACUCGCGCAACAACGCCGGCACCAUUACCCUGCGCUCAACCGAUCCUCGUGACACACCCAUCAUCAAUUUCAAUUAUUUCGAUACAGGAGUAACUGCCGACGAUGCUGAUGAAAAGGAUCUUCAAGCUGCAUAUGAGGGAAUGGAAUUGUCUCGAAAGAUGUUUAAAGAUUAUAUCCCGCUGCAGGGUACUUUCCAAGAGGUUUGGCCAGGUAAUCAGGUCACGAACGAGGCCGAAAUGAAGGACUGGAUCAAGAAAGAAGCCUGGGGACAUCAUGCUAGCUGCACUUGCCCGAUUGGCGCUGACGAUGACGAGAUGGCGGUUUUGGAUUCCAAAUUUCGUGUUCGGGGCGUCGACGGCUUGAGAGUUGUUGAUGCUAGUGUCUUUCCCAAGAUCCCGGGCUUCUAUAUCGUGCUACCCACGUAUAUGAUCAGCGAGAAGGCAGCCGACGCUGUUCUGGAGGAUGCUGCUGAUGUAUAG